AUGUUUUACUCUCAAAAACAAAAAUUAACAAACCACUUAAUUAAUAAAGGUUUAAGCAAUCGGUGUUAUGCUUCAGCGAUUCAAAUUCCUUUCCACCCACAUUAUGUUCCGCCAGGUCAACCAUUUAGUCGAAGAUAUCCGACCACUAGAAGGAAAAAAUUUUUGAAAACUUCUCAUGUUAUUCCAACCUUCAAUCUAAACAGUUCUCAAAACCAACUUCAAUCCCCAAAUCUUUCUGAAAUGCUGAAACCUACCAAUGCGAUCUUCAUAGGAAUCGUUCCAACUGUCAAUAAGCUACAAACUGACGAAAAUUUAUCAAGAUCCUACAAUAUUAAUACCCAAAAUGAACAUAUUCCGAUUAUAUUUAGAGUAUCAACAAUUUGCUUUGUUUUGUGCGGUAUCAUACGAUAUUUCUAUCGCACAGGCGGAACUUUAGAUAGUAAACCUGAUAGCGAGACUAAACAUAAAAGUGAUAUACAUAAAAAUUCAUGA